UCACAGCUGUUCUGUUGCUUCACUCGGCUUUUGCGAUAAGACUGUUUUUGAAGUGCAUCUCAGAUGACUCAUUUCUGUCGGAUAUUAUAUUUCGGGAAUUUUUUACUCUUGGCUCUCCUAAGAUGGAUUUUUUUUAAACGUGAUAAUAGCUCAUUCAGUUGUUCACGCAGAUUAUUAAUAUCCAUUCUAUGCAUCCAGUGUCUUGAAAAGUUUGAGGUGGGCUGGCUGCAGUGAUGUCCAGAUCCACAAAAUCAGCCUCGAGGUCUCGGAGCCGCUCAAGGUCCCGGUCAAAAACCCGGUCAAAGACCCGCUCCACCUCUCGCUCCAGAAGUCGCUCCCGAUCCCGGUCCAGGAAACGCCACUACCGCUCUAGGUCUAGGACACGGUCAAGAUCUCAUUCUCCAUCUCAUAACCGGGAGAAGAAAUAUCCGAGGGGAUACCAGAACGCUCGUGAGUUCCGGGGCUACCACCGCGGCUUCCGGAGGCCGUACAACUUCAGGGGCCGAGGGCGGGGCUACUUUCAACGUGGACGCUACCAGCGUGGUGGUGGGGGUGGUGGCUAUAACAAUAACAAUAACAACUACUUCCGCCCCAACUGGAAGAAUUACAAGCAGUACCCUCAACAACAACAGCAGCAGCAGCAGCAAAACCAUUCACGAGGACGCUCCCACAACUUCCAGCAGCGCUCAGGAAGCCCCACUCGUGGUCACUCUCACCACUCUGACCGAUCCUUGUCGCCAUUAUCCAGACACUCGCAGCAUUCUUCCUCUUCCUCACACUCCUCUCCCAAAUGCAGGCCAGCCUCGUUGCUGACGAACCAAAACUCCAAAGAUGUGAAAGAGGAGCUCUCGGCCUCCAAGGAGAUCCAAAAGGGAGGAGGGGGAGAUACGGAGCCAGUGGAGCUUGUCGGAGUGUUGGCGGGAGAUGCUAAAGAAGGCGCAGGAAGUGGGAAAACUGAGGGGAACUGGCAGGGCGUAACAGACUGCAGCAGCAGUCCAAAGAGAACGAGUCCUUUGGCAAGCGCUGCUGUUAGUGUUGGCCACAACAGCCAAACUACUAACCAGUCUAGUCCUUCCCCUAAAGUCACAAAUGAAAUCAGCAAUGGCGCCCCCUCCUGGAAGAUGGUGUGUAGUUCAUCCAAAACAAAAAAGCCCUCACAUGAAGGUCUAAAUCCAAUGCUUUCCAGCUUUGACUUCUUCUCCAAUGAGGAAUACCUGGAUGGAGAUAAAACUGCAAUCUCCAUUGCCUUCAGACAGUUUUUGGAGGAGCAAAAUAAGAAAUCUAAAGCUUGGGGAAAUGGCAAGAACACAGAAGCAAAUGAUGUGGAUAUGGAACAGGGGAAAGCGAAUGGCAAAGCAUCCGCGAAUAUCCCUGACUCGGUGUCAAGAAAGCACAAAGAGGACAAUGAUGGGGAAGUGUCUCUGAACAGCUUUUUGAAAGCUUCUCCUUUUCUGUCUGCGGACAGGGAGGAAGAGGAGGAGUUGAUAAUCAGGCCUCAUUCAAAGCCACUUCACAAAGACUGGCGCAAUGGGGACGAGUCCUCUAAGCUAAAGAUCAAGGUAUCUCACUCAGCCCGGGAACUGUUUGACGAAUGCUUUGGCAAAUGGCAGAAUGUGGCCCAUUCACAGGUAGCUAACAGUGACGUUGACGCCACGGCAGAGGACAUAUAUUUCAGUCGAAAGCGGGAUAAAGCAGCGGCGAUUUCUGCUGCCCUCGCCAAGAGGGAGUUGGCAGGAAAGUUUGAGGACCUGUCCUCAGACGUGGGUGGUAAAGCCAGGAAGAUGGGAAAAUCUCCCUCCAUCCCAUCUCCUACACCCCCACCAUGGAGGUACUCUGACAAGGAGCUCAGGGGAGAGGACUCGCCUUUCAUGGCCUCCAGAAAACAGGAAGCAAAAUUAAAUGUCAGAAUGGAUUUCCUUGGAGAUAGCCUGAUGAGCUCUUCUGAUAUUUUAGCUGAGGAGCGACAGUUGUCUCAGGAUCUUGUGCAGUCCUCAAAAAAGGAUCAGGAGUUUCGCUCCAUCUUUCAACAUGUUCAGGCUGCUCCGUUACAGAGGAGUCCCUCUGAGCUGUUUGCUCAACACAUUGUCACCAUCGUUCACCACAUUAAAGCUCAGCACUUUCCAUCCUCUGAAAUGACUCUAAACGAGCGAUUCACCAUGUACCAAAGACGAGCUGCAGAGAAGGAUAUGAUGAAAACCAGAAAAAGCCCAGAAAUACACAGGAGAAUUGAUGUUUCACCAAGAGCUUUUAAGAAACACUCUCAACUUUUUGAGGCGAUGAAAAGCUCGGAAGAUGGCACUUACAAGGACGGCGGGGAAAAAUCGAAAGGUGACCCGAUGGACCUUCGUUUGGAUAUUGAACGCCGUAAAAAAUAUUCCCUCCACGACAGUGGUUACAAUCAGGAUCGGGGACAAGAUGUGGGAGAUUCCCCAGAUUCUAGUAGAGAGAGAUCUGUGGAAAAGUCCUCUAAAUGCCGCGAGACAUCCAAGAAAAGUAAGAAGAAGCGCUCUCGCUCAAGUUCGUCCUCAUCUUCCUCGUCCUCUAAGUCCCAAAAAGAAGAUUUGCCCCACAGCAAGUCUGACCCCAAAGAUAAAGGCUUUAACAGGGCAAGACUGGGUCAAACAGAGUCACUAGGACCAGUUGAAGGAGAAAAGCCACGUGGAGGAUUUCAAGUCCGUAUUCGUGGAAGGAGCUGGAACAGAGGCAAUUAUCAGGGAAAUUCUUCACAUGGUACCAACCCCACGGCAAACAUGGCAGUACAGCCAAAAAAUGAAGACUGGGACCCAGAGUACACUCCCAAGAGCAGGAAAUACUACUUGCACGAUGACAGAGAACGGGAGGCAGAGUGCAAGUGGUUGGACAACCGAGGGCGAGGACGGGGAAGCUUCUCACGUGGAAGGCCACGAUUCAUCAUCCGCAAAGCCACUGGGGGCCCCAACACCAAUAGCCCCAAAUGGGCCCAUGACAAGUUCCACAUCAACAGGGAGCAAGAUAAUGCACAGGAAGAGGAGAUAGAACCGGACCAUAAAGAAGGGGAAAUCGAGGGAGCGAAUACUUGAGCAGUGAAGCAGUGUGCUGAAAAUCUUAGUUUUCUUCUGUGUUGUUGGGAUGGCACUUUGAGAUUUUAUCCACCACAGUGGAUUCAUAAAUGCAGAUUAAAAUGUUUCAAGACUUUAAUUUCAGCGUAGGAUACUCACACUGACUUGACACAAUGAUUUUCCACAUCAGGAUAGAACUCAUAACUAGUAGAAGCACUGUUUAAGGGUGAAUUGCUGUUUCUCAUAAGAAUUCAGAUUUAUGUUACAUGCUUUUUUGCGUUACAUGGUUAAGGGAAAUUGUAUGUGCAGCAUUGGUAAUGGUAACAUUUACACUUUACUCGCAGGAAUGAUAUCAAAAAAAUAAUAAAAAAAGACUCUUUAAUGACAUCUGUAUUUUUAAGUAGCAAGAGAAAAAUCACAUGGUAGAUUAACUCAGCUUGUGCCUUAUACCUGUGCAAAUGAAGACAUGUUUUGUGAGUGGGUUACAAGAUAAAUACUUUUAAAAAGGUUUUAGAAAAUGAGGUUUUUGGUUUUGAUCUGUUUCUUGUCUGGAUUAUUUUGACAGCAAUGUAGUUCAUGUUGACAUAAUAAACUUCACUGUUUAGCCAAUCCAGCACUCUACAAAUGACCCGAUCUGACAUGGGACCAAACUGUAUGGGUCAAAGGUUAUGCUCUACUAUCUUUUUAUUGUACAACAACCAACAGAUCUACAACAUUAGCUGGCUACCUGUACAUUUAACAUGUUGCUCAUUAAACAUUUUGCUGUCAAAGAUUACUAAAUGUUAAAGUAGCUCUUUGCUUGAUCUUGGAUACCACUAAUCAAUGUAUAAUACUGAUAGCGAUUAUACGUUUUUUUUUCAUUGUAGUUUUGUACUUGGCUAUGCAGGAUUCUAUGCAGGAUUCUAUGCAGGAUUCUUUCUGUCUGUAAAGGGAUUGCCAUAGAUUGAUGUGUUUUUAAUUUGCUGUUUGCAAACUUUUCUCCAGGCAGUUUGAUCAAUUAUGUAAAUUGUCUUCAACUGUGUCAACAUUGUGAUAAAUGAGGCAUUUUUGCAUUUGUUUAGUCUGUAGUUUGUAAAGAAACUGAACAGGGCAGUUUGUAGAGCAAGAAUUACAGUAUGUCUAUAUCAUACUAUGUCUAUAAUAUUAUUUCAGUUCAUUACUUCAGUGAUUUUAAGUCUAGGAUUAGGCUCACAUCUGUUUGCCUAACUGCCCAAACAACUGAAUUACACGAUUUUUGUGCCUUGCUGUGGGUCUGCUGAUCUUAUUUGUACAAUGCAGGCCUACAGAUUGAGAUUUACAUUUAAUAGUUUAAAGGUUAACAGCUAUGGAAAGAUUGCAUUUUUUUUUUAAAUAGGUGUUAAUGUUUUUUUCUUAGAGAUUAUAAAUUAAAGAGACACUGAUUACUUUUA